GCCAAAAUGUUGCAGCCCAUUCAGAGCUUGUAAACCUCGUUUCGGGUUUCUUUCCCUCAACUCUCCGAAUCUGAAGCAUAUUUUCCGAUGGCUUCUUCAAAGCUCCUAAGCCAACCUCGGUGGUUCCGAUUCCUUCCGAGAAACCUUUCCAAUGUGAGGCUCUUUUCUGAUUUACCUUCUCAACUCCCUGUUUCCGAACCUCAAAAUAACAUCGAGUCCAAAUCUAACAACAGAUUCAGCAAGCCUUCUUCAACUCCCUCUUCUUUGAAGGAACCCGAACUCGCCAAGUUCUCUGCCAUUGCCGAUACUUGGUGGGAUUCUGAAGGUCCAUUCAAACCAUUGCAUAUUAUGAAUCCUACCAGGCUAGCUUUCAUCCGCUCUACUCUUUGCCGACAUUUUGGAAAGGAUCCUCUCUGUGCUAGGCCUUUUGAAGGACUAAGGAUUAUAGAUGUUGGUUGCGGUGGUGGAAUUCUUUCAGAGCCCUUGGCUCGAAUGGGAGCAACUGUCACUGGAAUUGAUGCAGUAGAGCAAAACAUCAAGAUAGCCCGUCUUCAUGCUAAUUUGGAUCCAACAACUAAAACUAUUGAAUACUGUUGUACAACAGCAGAAAAGCUGGUUGAUGAACAGAGAAAGUUUGAUGCUGUGGUUGCUUUAGAGGUGAUUGAGCAUGUAGCAGAUCCUGCUGCAUUCUGCAAGUCUCUCGCAGCAUUAACUGUUCAUGAAGGGGCUACUGUGGUUUCAACAAUUAACCGUUCUAUGAGAUCAUAUGCAACUGCCAUUGUUGCAGCGGAGUACCUGCUCCAAUGGCUUCCUAAAGGGACGCAUGAAUGGUCAAGUUUCCUUACCCCAGAAGAACUCACCAUGAUUUUGAAGCGUGCUUCAAUUGAUGUAAAAGAGAUGGCCGGAUUUGUGUACAACCCCUUAACCAGGAGAUGGUCUCUGUCCGAUGAUAUCUCUGUUAAUUUUAUUGCUUUUGGUACUAAAGAAAACUGAUGAAUAAUCGUGUACAAUAUGUCAGAUUUUGUAUCAAUUUUUAUGUUUGUUUGUUUGUUUGUUUGUAAUUUAGAGUCUAUAAUGAUCUGCCUUGAUAGUAAAUAACAAUCUUAUUUGUAGGUCAUAUUGGUACAGCCAAGUUAUUAGUUGAGUUCUUUAACCUUGGCAUAUUUCAUUUGUCCCAGAAGAUGCAAAGAAAUAGUAUUCUCAGUGGUUUCCUUGGA